AAAAUUGAGUAUGAAAAGUGGCAAGAGGAGGAGAAGAAGAAGAACGCUGAAAAAGCGAAACUAGCUCGUAUUCAUAGCGAAACUGGGGACGAGGAAUAUGUUGUAGACGAGGUCUCGAAAGCAGAGGACGAAAAGAAUGACUACCUGGAUCAUCCGCCAGAGAAAACUCCUCAAGUUGGCAAUAAGGCGCUCAAGGACGCAACCGCACAUGUGACACCAACAGAGAGUAAUGCGCCGGUAGGAGCGGCCUAUGAUGAACCUCAUCUGUCGUUUUCGUACGGUAAAUUGAAAACAGAAUCACCACCUGCCAUUAUAAAGCCGGCAUCUAGUCGUAUUAUUGCCGUCACCAGACCAAGACGAAUCAAUCCCGUACUACUUGAUCGAACAGUAGAGCUGAAGUUGCACGUGGAUGAUCACCUCCGACGGUGA